CCCUCAGCAGGGCUGCAGGUGGAAGGCGAGGGCGCCUUCUCUGGAAAACUCCCACGCCGGAGGUGUAGGCCCCACAGGCCUCAGUGUGGCUGCAUUGUUACUAUGGAGACAGCGAAGGCCGAGCUGUUCCCCUGGCCCGUCCAUCUCGAUGGUGGUGGCGUCACAUCCUGCCUGGCGUACUUCUUCGCCGUAGCUCUCCGGAGAAAGACUUGACAAAAUUGCCAAGCAAGAUGCUGGAAUUCCUGAAGCACCCAAUUGUCUUGUCUCUGGAGAUCAACGUGAACCUGAUGGCUUUGGCUGUGGUAGGAUUAAUUAGCCGGCUGUGGGCACUGUCCUACCCUCGAGCUGUAGUUUUUGAUGAAGUUUACUACGGCCAGUUCCUCUCUCUGUAUAUGAAGCGGAUCUUUUUUGUCGAUGACAGCGGUCCACCCUUUGGACACUUGCUUCUGGCUUUCGGAGGCUACAUAGGUGGAUUUGAUGGCAAUUUCUUGUGGAACAGGAUUGGUGCAGAAUAUAACUCCAAUGUGCCGGUUUGGUCCCUGCGGCUGCUGCCGGCCUUGGCUGGUGCCUUGUGUGUCCCUCUGGCCUACCAAAUAUUAGUGGAGCUGCGUUACUCCCACAUCGUCGCUCUUGGGGCUGCCCUGCUGUUUCUGUUGGAGAACGCCCUGAUCACUCAGUCUAGAUUGAUGCUGUUGGAGUCCAUUUUAAUCUUUUUCAUCCUAUUGGCCGUUUUAUCUUAUCUGAAGUUCUACAACUCGCAGAAACAAAGCCCCUUUUCUGCAAGAUGGUGGCUCUGGCUCUUGCUAACGGGUUUUUGUUGUUCCUGUGCAGUUGGGGUGAAAUAUAUGGGCCUCUUCACCUACAUCCUGCUCUUGACCAUUGCAGGAAUCCACUCCUGGCAACUAAUUGGUGACCAGACCUUGCCCAAUAUUUCUCUGCUAUGCCACUUGCUAGCCAGAGGGCUGGCCUUCGUAAUCCUCCCAGCAGCCAGCUACCUCUCAUUCUUCUACGUCCACUUGGCUUUGCUCUACCGCUCUGGGCCGCACGACCAGAUCAUGAGCAGCGCUUUCCAAGCAAGUUUGGAGGGCGGGCUUGCUCGGAUCACUCAGGGCCAGCCUCUGGAGGUGGCGUAUGGCUCCCAGAUCACCUUGCGCAACACCAUGGGCAAACCCAUGCCUUGCUGGCUGCAUUCUCACAAGAACACUUACCCCAUCAGGUAUGAAAAUGGCCGCGGGAGCUCCCACCAGCAGCAGGUGACGUGCUACCCUUUCAAGGACGUGAAUAACUGGUGGAUUGUGAAGGAUCCUGGGAGGCAGCAGCUGGUGGUAAGCAACCCACCUCGCCCCGUGCGCCACGGCAGUAUUGUACAGCUACUCCACGGGAUCACCACUCGCUACCUCAACACGCAUGAUGUUGCUGCCCCCUUAAGCCCUCACUCGCAGGAGGUGUCCUGCUACAUCGAUUACAACAUAUCCAUGCCGGCUCAGAAUCUCUGGAGAGUGGAAAUUGUGAACCGGGAGUCGGACACGGAUGUCUGGAAAACAAUCCUGUCUGAAGUACGGCUUGUCCAUGUGAACACUUCGGCGGUGCUGAAGCUCAGCGGCGCGUCUUUACCCGAGUGGGGCUACCGGCAGCUGGAGAUCAUCGGGGAAAAGGUUUCCAGAGGCUUCCACCAGAGCAUGCUGUGGAACGUGGAAGAGCACAGAUACGGAAAAAGCCAAGAACAGAAGGAGAGGGAGGUCGAGCUCCACUCCCCAACGCAGAUCAGCAUCAGCCAGAACCUGAGCUUCAUGGCCAAGUUCACAGAACUGCAGUGGAAGAUCCUCUCUCUGAAAAAUGAGGACACGGAACACAAGUACAGCUCUUCCCCCUUGGAGUGGAUCACCCUGGACACCAACAUCGCCUACUGGUUCCACGCCACCUCGGGGGCCCAGAUCCACCUUCUGGGGAACAUUGUUACCUGGACGUCUGCCAACGUGGCCACGGUCAUAUACGUGGCUUUGUUCCUGUGGCACCUGCUACGGCGGAGACGGAACAUCCGUGACAUCCCUGAAGAGGUGUGGCGGCAGUGGGUGUCAUCUGGAGGCCUCUGCGUGGGCGGCUGGGCUGUGAAUUACCUCCCUUUCUUCCUGAUGGAGAAGACGCUUUUCCUCUACCAUUACUUGCCUGCUCUCGCUUUCCAGAUCCUCCUGAUCCCCAUCGUUCUGCAGCACACGAACGACUACCUCUGCAGAUCGAAGCUCUCCAAGAGCAUGCACAGCGCUUUCGUGGUAGCCUGGUUCUCUUCCGUUUACCUGACCUACCACACGUUCCGGCCGCUCACCUACGGCAAGCCUCCGCUCACCAAAGCUCAGCUCCAGGACCUGCGCUGGAAGGACAGCUGGGACAUUCUGAUCAGCAAACGCUAGCCCUGCAGGAUGG